AUGGGUAGUGCACCAACGAUUAUACAGGGACAGGAUAAGAAAGACCCAACGGAGCUAGUGAAGAUUCAAGCUCCGAUAGCUCAAAUGAAAGAGACACAUGCAGAUCUAGCGAUUAAGGAAGCUGAUGCAGCGACAGCAGCAAGGAAGCUGACUUUCUCGUCAACAACGACCAAGCCAACUCUAGCUGAGAUAGUCCAAGGUAAUAGAUCUGUUCAACAAGGAAUGAAGCUGAAUUAUUACCCCCCUAUUAUCAAGGAUGGAAAGAAAAUAGUUAGACUAAACCAAGUAGAAGUGGAGGAGCAAAGUAGAAGGUGGAGCACUAGUCUAAUUGGCUAUGUCAUAGGCGGAUCCCCUCAAUUUAAGGAGAUGCUGAAAUUUGUGUAUGGGGUAUGGCAGUUUGUGACGACCCCUCAGGUAUUAAUCCAUGAUGAAGGCUAUUUUAUAUUCAAAUUUGAAUCGGAUGAGGAUAGAGAUACAGUACUUCAUAAUGGGCCAUAUACCUUCAAUAAUAGACCAAUGAUCUUGAAGAAAUGGGAUCCAGAUUUCCAGAUGAGCAAGGAGAAUACAAAGAAUAUCCCAGUAUGGGUUAAUUUUCCGGAGUUGCCUAUAAAGUUCUGGACAGUGGAGAAUUUAGGAAGAAUUGCAAGCUCAAUCGGGAACCCUAUCUGUACAGACAAAUUGACAGCUCAGGAAGCAAGAAUUUCUUAUGCCCGUAUGCUGAUUGAAAUGGAUGUAUCUCAGCCUUUACCUGAGACAAUAUUGAUAGAAUUGGCAGAAGGGAAUAAUAGGGAACAAAAACUAAGCUAUGACUGGCAUCCCAACUAUUGCCAGGAUUGCUUAGUGAUUGGGCAUGGAACAGGAGAAUGUAGAGUCCCAGCAGAGGUGAGGACAAAGCCUAAAACUAUGGUCAAAAAUCAGAAAGAUAUUCAGCAGAAAAGGGGAGGAAAACUACAGACAAAAUGGAUGGCCAAACCAAAAGCUACAGGGGAGGCCCAGGAACAAGAAAGUAACAAUGCACAAGUGACUACUACAGAAGAAGUGGUUACUACAGGAAGUGAAAAUCAAGAAAAGGAAGAGUUCCAGGUAGCCAAAUCAAAGGGGAAGCAGGUGCAGAGUCCAAGAACAAAAAAUUCCAUCAGGAGUAUGUCUGAUGAGGCCAUUGAAAGCUUCCUACAUCAGAACAGAUUUAAGGCACUAAGGAUAAAAGAAGGAAAGGAUGUUAACCAAACAUCUAAGGGAAGAGUUCCUCUUGCCCACCCUCCAUGA